CGAAUACUUGAUGAUUUACAUGUCCUGAACCCGUCUUGUCAUCCUGCUGCCAUCUUGUCAUCCUAAUGCCGCCCUGAACCGUCUUGUCAUGCCGCUGUCAUCCCCAAGAUCAACCCCACCACCCCGCUACACGCCAACCCGCCAACCCCGCCAUCCCCGCAACCGAUCGCGAUGCCAUCCAUACGAGAAUCUGAAGGAGAUCGCUACUCGGCCCCGAGAUGUCGGGCGGAUCUGGUAGAGGCCUUGGUGAUAACCCCUGGACCAUUCGACGAUACCCGAAUCGAUGAUGAAAUGUUCGACACGCGUCAGGCCAACGACGCCACAACGCGCACCUUCAAAUCAACGAUCCUCAGGGUUCUUAUGCAGGUCAAUUUUCUCGUGAUCAGAGGACUCGCCCUCGGAAAUCUACCCGAAGAGGCUCGCACCACGCUCGAUACCUUCUUUACCAACGACUACAUCAACCUUGGUGACAACGUCCCGGGUGUGUACGUCAAUUACAUCGUUGACGAGAACGGGAUCGCGCCUACGAAAGCCGAUAUCAUCGAAAUACUCGCCGUAAUGAGAGAAUACCUUGGGAACGACUCUGAAGUCCUCGCAGAACAGGUAGAUGCGCAGUUUGGCGGGAGCCGGAAGGAAUGGAGGUAUGCGCAUAAGCCAGAAACAAAGCGGGUUCAAGCUGCAUUCAUUAAAGGGAUGGAGAAGAGGCUCGGGAUACCUAAAGGCGCCGAUGCCCAAGACUCAGCUGGAUCCGAAGCCGACAUUAAGGUCGAAGCUGAACCUGCUGGAUCCGAAGUCGACGUCAAAGUCGAAGCCCAUUCUGAUGCUGACGCUGACGCUGACGCCCCAUCUCGAGUCCCCGCUACCGCAUACGCCCAAUCCGACGAUGACAUGGACACCCCAAUCCCAUGCGGGAUAUCCGAAGUCGGUUUCAGCAUCACCCCCCUCAAGCGCAUCCAGGACCACCAAAAGCACACCAACAGCAACUCGAUCAUGAACCUCUUCGAGGCAGCCGCACGCUACCUGUUUGGCAACAGAUAUGCCAUUCAGGGAUAUGUCGUUGCGCGGGUCGUAGACCCAACUCUCGCCGGCCUUUCCGAGGCAGUCAUAUCACGACUGGCCUGCUCGUACACCGACUGGGGAGGCGGAUUUAACGGGAAGCUGGCUGGGCUUAGCGUACACGGGUUGAACAACAUGCCUACGGUCCUUGCAGAUACUAAGCUCACAAGAGAGGCAUGGAUAACGCACGAGGCCAACGAAGACAUGGCAAACGUAGAGGAUGAGAGGGUGCGGGUGCAGGAGAGGAUUGCUUUUCUUGAGCAACGGAUUGCUUCACGACAUGAUCGCCAUAACUAUGCCACAGAGAGGUGCAUCGAUGCCGCCGAGGCAUACUUACUCCAGUCCGGUCGUCGCGCAGAUGCCUACGAAAAGAUUAAGGAGGAGAAGGAGAAGUGGGAGGAGUUCAAACGAAAAGCGGAAGAAGAGAAGGAUCCCGACUGGCUCAAGAAGGUCAGGGAUGUAUGUGGCGCAACGUGA